GCAAUUUAGGUCGAAGUAAAAAUGUUUUCCGCAACCGGAUGGGAUCUGAUAGAGAAAGCAGGCAUGCCCCCACAAGUGAUAGGACCGGGAAACAAGACCCUCUCCAUUGUCAAACGCUUCGAGUUUGACCAUGGGCUACAGCUUAUGAGUGUACUGGUGAAGGACGGGCACGGUGAUGUGCGCUGCUUCUGCAAAG